ACGAAAAAUGGGGUGGCGAAAAGGAAAGAGUUGCAGAAGUUUUGUUGUGUUGUUGUGUUAGUGUUGGUAGGUCGCGUGCGUGUUCUGAGUUUUCCCUAUUGCAGGCUUUGAACUGUGAACUGAAGAAAGGAAGAAAGAAAGAAGGAAGAUGGAGAAAAUGAUGCGACUGAGAUCACUGUUCCGAUCAAUGAGUCUCAGAUCUUAUCACGCUUUUUCUUCCACCAACCAUAUCCUUCGUUCAACGUCUCUUCUCUCUCCUUCUCCCAGUCCCUUUCCUUCUCCCUCUUCCUCAGAAUGCAGGUCUCCUUUCUCGAUGGGUUUAGGGAGCAUGCGAUUCUUUAGCGAAGAUGUGACUCACCUGCCCAAUAUUAAAGACCCUGAACUUUACAAUGUUUUCAAGGAUUUGUUGGCUGUAAAUUGGAGUGAGCUUCCGGAUUCUGUUGUUUCUAACGUUAAGAAUGUGUUGUCUAGAAACACUGAUGACAAGGCUGGCAAGGAGGUUGUGGAGAAUGUGUUCCGGGCAGCUCAAGCUGUUGAGGAGUUUGGUGGGAUUCUAGUCAGCUUGAAACUGGAACUUGAUGACAGUAUUGGAGUGAGUGGCGAGGAUGUAAAGCCAUUGCCUACGCAUAUAAAAAGUGCUCUUAAUCUCAUUUUUGAUCGUUACUCCACCUAUUUGAAUUCCUUUGGACCGGACGAGAGUUAUCUGCGGAAAAAGGUGGAGGUAGAGUUGGGCUCAAGCAUGAUUCACUUAAAGAUGAGAUGCAGUGGCCUUGCUGCUGACUGGGGAAAGGUUACUGUUCUUGGAACUUCUGGACUUGCGGGUUCAUAUGUUGAGCAAAGAGCUUAGAAGAAAUAUUCAAGAAACAGAGCAUGUAAUUGUUUGUUCGUGUUUCCUUUCUUGCUUUUGAUGUCCGUAGAUCCUUCCAUUGGUUUUCUCCUAACCUUUGUUGUCAAGCGUUUGAUAGCAUAGAAAUAAGAGCGCUUAACUUUGUUAACUCGUAUUAUCCUUAAACAGCGUUUUAUUUCGUUUUGAA